UCCAUCAGGAAAUCACCGAACGCCAUUGCGAUAAAUAUUCACACCCAGCCUUGUCAGCCUGUCACCGCUUCACUCCACAAUCUCACCAUCAUCAACAAUGAAGCCAACCAACGCGAUCCUCUCCGUCCUCGCCUCGCAGGCGACGGCGCAGCUCAUCGAUAUCCAGAUCGGCGACACCGCUAGGCUCGAUAUCAUGCGCCAAGCAGCCGAAGCCCAAGUCAACGGCAACACAGCCAAAGCCCACGCAUUAAUGGAUCAAAUCCGCGUCGCAGACGCCGCGCACGAAAAGUCUCUCUGGAAGACAGAUUGUCGCGUCAGCUCUCAAUUCGAAGCUGAGAUCUACACCGUUCAAGAUCCCUCGCGCGCACCGAAGGAAAUCGCCUGGGCGAUGGAGUUUCUCGAUAAUCACUGGAAGACAGAUGAUGGUCGCGAUCUUCCCUACCCUGGUGAUUUUGAUCGCUUCAUGCAUCCUGAUGGAUUCAGGGUCAUGCGCAUGGAUUAUAAGAAGCUUCCUUGGGCGGUGCGCAAGUAUCAUGAGGAGCUUGUUAAGGAGGGUAAGCAGAUGGAGCGCAAGUUCAUCGCGGAGAUUGACGGGAGUGCGUUCUUUGCGCCGGGUGUCGUUACGUGGUUGGCGCCUUUGUUUGCGGGGAGUCAAGUUGAGCUUGGCAAGGAUGCGUGUGAAGAUGCCCUGGUUGACUUUAGUAACUGGGGUAAGGGGAAGCAGGCGGCUGAUGGUGUUAGGUAUUCCUUUGGGUAUGGUGGUAAGGUGCAGAUUGGGGAUCAGAUCACUGUUGAGGUGCACGCUCAGAGGUCUUCUAAGCAGGGUGCUGAGAAGAAGGUUGCGGAUGGCGGGGAUGAGGAGACUGAGGGAACCGAGGAGCUGUAGAUUCAGAUUGCGCUGUAGUUGUUUGCGUCUUACUGUUGCCGGGGUGAAGUGUUCUCGAGUUAUGUAACUGCCUUGCUGUUUUAACGAUACGAAGUAAUGAGUUUCUGUUGUUCGCGAUCAGAAGUAAAAGUCGUUCAACCAUGCUUGAAAAUUCCCUCUGGUCAGCCCGGCGACCUCACAACUUUGCUCCCCUCGAUUUCCUAGCCUCCCUCUCCUUAUCCCUCAGCUUGCGUCUCAAGAUCUUCCCAGUCGGACUUUUCGGU